AUGGUCACCAAAAGGAGAAGAUUGCUUGAGUUAUCAUCCACGGUGACAAAUGAAGGAUUACAGAGAAGUGCACCUUGUGUAAAUAGCCAGCCUCCGGCCUCCUUCUCCUCCGCUAUCAGCCACAACCAAAUGUUCUCUCAAACCCAAAUUCAGACCCACCUCUGUCUUACUGCUAACAUCAACUACCAUCUCUCUCUUUGCCCUCUUCUCCUAAACACUAGCCGUCCCAUCUCUCAGUUCUUGGUUUGCUUAUAUUCCAUUCCAAUGGAGGAUGGUUACCCAUAUGAAGACGAAAUGGUUAUCCAUUUUGACGACAGUCUUGACCUGGAAGAGCGUAUCGAAAGCAAAAUUGUCCUGGUUGGUCUCCUUAUUGCACAUGUUGAACCUCCACAAACCAUUGUCAAAGAGAUCUUGCGUGCAGCCUGGAGUAGAAUGGGAGUCAUUAAAGUUAACAAAGCCAAAGAAAAUGUGUACUCUAUUACAGUGGCUGAAGAAGAGGUCGCAAGCAGAAUCCUUGAUGGAAAUCCAUGGUUCAUUAAGGGUUAUACAUUCACUGUAAAACUUCGGCCAUUAUACCACUCCCUUGACGACAUUCAAAAUAACACAGCUAUCUAUUGGGUUCAAGCUCAUGGUUUAACUCGAAACCUAUGCACACCAAAGAAUGCCCGACAGCUUGGAUCCAGAAUUGGAGCAGUAAUGGAGGUGGAAGAUACCGAUGAUGCGGGUUUCCGGGGCUUUCUGAGGAUGCUCAUCGACAUGAAUAUUAGCCCCCGGUUUCUUCAUGCAAUGCCCAGUCGCCGGAAAACGCCGCAUCCGCUUGAAGUAUGA